UCCACGUGGUGUGUGAAACACAUAGGUCCUAGAUUGCAGAUCAGCACACCCUGAGGACACCCAGAUACACCUGCAGAAAUAAUGGAGAAUCCCCGGACCAGGCAGGGAGGAAUGCAGGAGGAGGCCGCCUGUGGUACAUCUUGGACUGUUCGAGAAACGCACCCGCGCCUGUGAAGUGGCAGGGGGGAAGGUGAGGCUGGCACCGGCAGGGGCAGCGCCCGGGAGAAGGAAAGCAGGACCCCCGCCCCGAGUCCACGCGCUGCCCAUGGACACCCCUGCUGCCCGGGGGGCCAGGCCUCCCUCCCCCUGCAGGAAGCGCUCUCCCCCGGCCCUUGCGAGGCCCAUGUUCGUCCUGCUGCUGCUGCUGCUGCUGGUCCCCAUCAAGCAAGUUGCAGGAUCCCUCCUUGAGGAAACAACUCGCAAGUGGGCUCAAUACAAGGAGAAAUGUCUGAGAGACUUGCUCAAGGAACCUUCUGGGACCUUUUGUAACGGGACCUUUGAUCGAUACGUGUGCUGGCCUCAUUCCUCUCCAGGAAAUGUCUCUGUUCCCUGCCCUUCGUACUUACCUUGGUGGCGUGAAGAAAACUCAGGAAGGGCCUACAGAUACUGCUUGGCUCGGGGCACUUGGCGGACGCUGGAAAACUCCACAGAUAUUUGGCAGGAUGACUCUGAAUGCUCCAAGAACCACAGCUCCGGACACAAUGCGGAACACCGUGCCUUGCUGUCGACCUUGCAGCUGUUAUACACCGUGGGGUACUCUCUCUCCAUCAUCUCCCUCCUCCUGGCACUCACCCUCCUCUUGUUUCUUCGAAAACUCCACUGCACACGUAACUACAUCCACAUGAACUUGUUUGCUUCUUUCAUCCUGAGAGCCCUGGCGGUGCUGGUGAAGGAUGCCAUCUUCCACAACUCUUACUCCAGGAGGCCCAAGAGUGACAAAGAGUGGAUGUCCUACGUGUCAGAGAUAUCUGCCUCCUGCCGUUCCGCCCAGGUCCUGCUUCACUACUUUGUGGGUGCCAAUUACUCAUGGCUGCUGGUCGAAGGCCUUUACCUCCACACGCUGCUGGAGCCCACAGUGCUCUCUGAGAGGCGGCUGUGGCCCAGAUACAUGCUGGUGGGUUGGGCCUUCCCGCUGCUGUUUGUUGUACCCUGGAGUAUCGCCCGUGCGCAGCUGGAGAACACAGGGUGCUGGGGGAUCAACAGGAAUAAGAAAAUCUGGUGGAUCAUCCGCGGGCCCAUGCUGCUUUGCGUAAUGGUCAAUUUCUUCAUCUUCCUGAAAAUUGUCAGGCUUCUCAUUUCUAAGCUCAAAGCCCAUCAAAUGUGCUUCAGAGAUUAUAAAUUCAGGUUGGCAAAGUCAACCCUGGUCCUCAUUCCUCUGUUGGGCGUUCACGAGAUUCUCUUCUCUUUCAUCACUGAUGACCAAGUGGAAGGAUUUUCAAAACUCAUACGACUCUUCAUUCAGUUGACUCUGAGCUCCUUUCACGGAUUACUCAUGGCCUUGCAGUAUUGCUUUGCCAACGGAGAGGUGAAGGCGGAGCUGCGGAAGCACUGGGUUCGCUUCCUGCCCCCCCGCCACUCGGGCUGCAGGGCCUGGGUCCUGGAGAAGAACUUCCGAUUCCUGGGAAAAUGCCCCAAGAAGCUGUCCCAGGCAGACGGCGCGGGGACGCUGCAGAAGCUGCAGCCCGCGGCCGGCGGCGAUGCGCCCCUCCUGCACCUGUCCGAGCACGGCCUCGGGGGGCGGGGCGCCCGGCCCCCGCGGGGACACGCAGCCUGGCCCCGGGGCAGGGGCAGCAUCGUGUCCGAGAGCAGCGAGGGGGACUUCACCCUGACCCACACCAUGGAGGAGAUUCUCGAAGAGAGCGAGAUCUAGGCUGGAGGCCCACGGCCCGGGCUCUGCUCCCCCAGGGGACGGCGCAGAGUCACCGGUCUCCCCACGCACCACGCCCACUUUGGCAUGAAGUUCACGCCCGCGUCUCUCAUGCUCCAGACCCUGCGUGGAGGGUGCUCUGGAGGCCUGGCAGGGCCCCGGGGGGUUCGGAUCAGCCUCCGUGACUGAAACAAUACAGCAGGGGGCCGAAGGAAAACCACAGAAGGAACAUUCCAGGGACACACGCGUUAACGCCCAGGAGUGUCGCUUUUAGAGUGUCCAAAAUGCAUGUGUACGCGGGCGGGUACGUUGCCAUGAGACUAGAUACUGCCUUACGUUAGCGGGAGGGACGGGAGGGUACUCGUCAAGUCGGGUUGCCAGAUUCAGCAGUUAAAAUACAUAAUGCUCGAUCAGAUUUGCAUUGCAGAUACAUGAAUAAUCUCAUUGUGUAAGUAUUUCCCAUGGGGUAGACAUCACCUGUAAUUCAAGUUAAGUUGCACGGUCGGUCCAGAGAACUUCAUCUGGCAGCUCCAUUGUCAAAGACACUCCACUUCCCGGGGGUUGGGGGGGGGGGCGAGAGUGAGGCAGAUGAGGAAUUUAGUUUGGAUACAAGAUUUAAGACCGCACGGGGGGAAAAAAAAACCCACUGUCAAGAUAAGUAAUAUUUUAACACGACAUUUUAAAAACUAAACUGCACACGCUACAGAUAAGUCAUUUCUAAAGAUAACUUACUGGAACUGGGCCAGGACGAGGGUUAGAUAAGAGAGGUCAGCUCAUGCAAAUGCAGACUGAUCCCGACUUUCUUGAAAACGCUGAUAAUCCUCCCAUCGUGGACUUCUGGGCACAAAUUUCUAUUUUUCAACGAUUGCACCAAAAUAUUAUUUAUCUUGGUGAUGGCAUGUUUUGGCCCUCUCCCCACCCCGAGUCCCGGCUCCGCUUUCCAAAAGGAGAACUGGAGCAGAGGCACGAGGCAGGUGCGUAACAAAGCAAAGGUUUAUUUCUUGGUGUCCGGAUUGUCCACAGUUCAAUCAUUAAAGCACGCAUCCUUCUCAUUUCUCCUUGCUGUCAAUGUCCCUGCCUUUGCUGGUCAGGUCCGUUAGCUCCUAGAGAUCUACGGUCUUGCUGUGUUCCCAGUCUGCACCCAGCAAAGGUGCUCGGCACACACUCAACGAUGACACAGGACUGAGAUGUCUUUGGGUGAAUCAGAUGCCGUCUGGGGUCCAUUACCCAGGACCCCGGCCUCGAAUGGGGGAGGGAAUUUCCCCCCCUCAAAGCAUCUGUCAACAUAUCCUCCCCGCUUGUCACUCCAUAAAUGGGGUGGCACACACACACACACA